AUGGCGGAGCGCAGCGACUCCGAGCCCGCCCCGGGCGGCAGCGGUCUGGACUCGGGCGGCGCUCGCAGCGGCGGCGGCGCCCAGUCCUGGGCCCCGGAGGACGCUUGGAUGGGCACCCACCCUAAGUAUUUAGAAAUGAUGGAAUUAGAUAUAGGAGAUGCCACCCAAGUUUAUAUAGCAUUCUUGGUUUACCUGGACCUCAUGGAGAGUAAGAGUUGGCAUGAAGUAAACUGUGUGGGAUUACCAGAUCUGCAGCUCAUCUGUCUUGUCGGUACUGAGAUAGAAGGAGAAGGAUUACAGACUGUGGUGCCCACGCCCAUCACUGCUUCCCUCAGCCACAACAGGAUACGGGAGAUCUUAAAGGCCUCUCGAAAAUUGCAAGGUGAUCCAGAUUUGCCGAUGUCUUUCACCUUGGCCAUAGUGGAGUCCGAUUCCACGAUAGUGUAUUAUAAACUUACCGAUGGGUUUAUGCUGCCCGACCCUCAGAAUAUUUCUCUUAGAAGAUGACAUCUAAACUUCCUGACAUGUCCUUAUCCAUACAAGAUUGGAUUUGAGACCCAUCAGCUGGCUUCAUCUACUGUCUCAGAGAUAGUCAGGGUUGACUUACCAGUCCCAUUCCACAAGUUUUCUUUCUGGAGAAUUAAAUGUACCCAAUAGAAGAAUUGUUUUUGUUAGAAAAUAUGGGGUAGUUGCUCUAGAACUUUCUUAUCUGGAGAUAGCUUGAGUACAGUUGUGUACACUUUAUGCUUAGGAUGUGUUCAGAGGGGUGGAGCACAUGUGUUUCUUCUGUCACCCCACUUGGUCACUCUCUUGUUGUUGUCCACUGCUGCCAUUGCUAGCUCAUGGUCGAGUCUGCCACCCCACUCCUUAUACCACCCCUUGUGCAUUUUGACCACUACAGUUAUCCUGGAGUACCAUUGCAUACCAUCUUGAUACCUGUAGAACUUACUUCAAUCUGCUUUUUCAUCCCUCCUAGAAAGUAAAAGCUUUCUUUCAGUUGGUUCUCAUGUUGCAAUUGCUAUUACUUUCCUCUUUGAUUUUUUUUUAAAAGCAAAUCUAAAAAUAUCCUUAUCUAGAUGGUAAACUUAUAUGUGCAGAUUAAUCAGGACCAGGAGGGUCUCCUAUAAAAGUACUGGGCUUUCCUGUCCAUUUUUAUUGCUACCACCUAUAUUAUAGCAUUGCUAUACUGUAACAAGAUGGGUAGUAGGGGACUGUGCCAGCCUUAAAAACAUCCUAUUAAGUGGACCCAGUUAUUCUACUUCUAUUAAUAUCUCCCAGUUAAAUCACCUAAAGUAUAAACAAUUAUAUGCACUAAGGUGUCCCAAGUAGUAUUACUUGUAGUAGCCCAAAUUAUAAACUAUUUAAAAGUUUAAGGCAGAGGUCACUAAACUUUUUGUGUAAAGGGUCCAGAAAUUAAAUAUUUUAGGCCAUAUACUCUCUGCCCCAACUUUUCAACUCUGUUUAUCAUGAGAAAAUAACCAUAGACAACACAUAAACAAACAUUGCUGUAUUUCAAUAAAGUUUUAUUUACAAAUGCAAGGCUUGUUUGCCAUUCUUGGUUUAGGGAAAUAGUAACCAGAUACAUACAUGUGAUUAAAUAAUAUACCACACAUGUAAUAAAAAAGAGUGACAGUUACUAGCUGGUUAUAUUAGGAUGACAGGGUAGGAAAUGAAUGUCUUCAAUAUUUCAGUUUUUCUUU